GUCUGUCAAAAUAUUGUUUUUAAAAGAUAUGCGUUUACGUACCUAUCUUAAAUAUAUUGUUGGAUAACAGUAAAUAAAGAGUAUACAAUGAACGGCAAUGACAAAAAAGCUAAAAUACCAGAGGUACCAAAAGUAGGCAGUGCUGGAAAUCUACUUUCAAGUAUAGCUCCCCCGUCGCAGCUUCCAAAUUUUGUUACGUCUCUGCCAGUUGCACCAUCUUCUGAGCCUCAAAAUAAUGCUCCACCUGUAAAUGUCACACAACCUGCCCCAAUACCUGUGCAGCCAGUUAUGGUGCAGCAAAAGGAUGAUGCUCCUAAUUCGCCUGAGAAAUUUAGCCCUGCUAUACCACCUAUCAAAGGAGAGCCAACUCUCUCCAUAAGAUCACCAGAAGAUUCUCAGGCGACUCAGUCACCAGAAUCAUUGCCUGCCUCUACACCAGAAGUUGAUAAGCUUGGUGAUAUAAUGCCAGGAAGUGGUUUAUUUACAUGGAUGAAAGGUGCUGUUACAUCAGGUGGUAUUCUUCAGCGCGUUGCAGAGAAAGCAAAGAGUUCUGUAGAUUCAAUGAUCACUACACUGGAUCCUCAGAUGAAAGAAUAUCUCAAAAAUGGCGGUGAUAUUUAUAUCGUUGUAGCUUCCGACAAAGAAACCAAAAUAUCUCCAAUUCGAGAAGCUUUUCAAGGAGUUUUCGGGAAAGCUACUGUAGUCGGUUUCCCCGCACAGAGUGACGUAACGGCGGAACAACCCGUUGGUUACGCGGCCGCGUACGCCGCCGCCAAACAGCGGAUAGCACAUCUCCGCUCCACUCGUUCUGAAUUGAACAACAACAUACCUGUUAUCGCCGUUGAAGGGUUCCUGCAGGAGACUGUCAGCGAUAGGUGGUUCGACAUAUCGUUGUUAGUAUUAUCGCAGCCGUCCCUGGGUAUCGAGCUGCAGCUCCAAUCUCAGAGUACACCAGUUCCGGGCGCGGCUGUGGCGGCGGCGAGUGCGGCCACCACAGAACAAUACGAGCACUCCCAGACCGGUUACAGUGUCACCAUUGGAUCUAUUAUGGCCGCUAGUCUACAGGUCCAUCAUUCCGAAUGGCAGGAAGCGGCGACAGGCGUUUCUCGUCGUGACCUAUUAUUAUUAGCGGCGAAAUCGCUCGCCGGUUCAUAUAAAAAGCUUCUUGCUGUAUCUGCUGCUGAAACAUAGGCCUAUAGAGCUAUAUCUAUUAUAAUAAGGCGCAAAUUCAGAGAUAUGAAGAACUAUUAAUAUAAGUGUAAUAUAUUGUAAAUGUCAAAUGAAUGUGUAUCUAAGAGAUAAGAAACUAAAUUAUAUUGAAUUAUAUUGGGGC